AACCACCUCCCAAACUCAAAAGCUUCCAUCUUUCUUCAACCCCAAAGCUCCCAAGAACCCUCAAAUGUACGACACACUCAAGAACACCUACCAACUCUUCGAAGAAAUCGGCCGCGGCCGAUUCGGCACCAUCAUCCGCGCCUUCUGCCCCGUCUCCGCCGAGUCCGUCGCCGUCAAGAUCAUCGACAAAACCCUCCUCACCGAUGACACCGACCGCGCCUGUCUCGAGAAAGAACCCAAGAUCAUGACCCUCUUGUCUCCCCAUCCCAACAUUCUCCAAAUCCACAACGUCUUCGAAACAGAGGACUCCAUGGCCAUGGUCCUCGAGCUCUGCAACUCCGAGACUCUCUACGACAAGAUCGCCCACCGCACGUUGCCCGAGCCUGAAGCCGCCAACCUCAUGAAACAGCUCUUGGGGGCCAUAGCUCACUGCCACAGAAUGGGGGUGGUCCACAGGGAUCUGAAGCCGGAGAAUGUUCUAUUUGACUCAAGAAACAAUCUCAAACUAGCCGACUUCGGGUCGGCGGAGUGGUCCAGUGAGGGAGGCUCCAUGGAAGGUGUGGUGGGUACGCCGUACUAUGUGGCGCCCGAGGUCUUGAUGGGGAGGAUGUACAAUGAGAAGGUUGAUGUGUGGAGUGCAGGGGUCAUGUUGUAUAUAAUGUUAGGUGGGAUUCCUCCUUUUUACGGCGAGACGGCGACGGAGAUCUUUGAGGCGGUGCUGAGGGGAAAUCUGAGGUUCCCGCCGAAGGUUUUUCGGGGAAUUUCUCCGGCGGCCAAGGAUCUGUUGAGGAAGAUGAUGUGUAGAGACGUCUCCAGGAGACUAUCUGCAGAGCAAGCACUUAGACACCCUUGGAUCUUGAGCGGUGGAGAAGCAAACCCAAUGGACUGAGCUGACUUCAUGAACCUCAAGAACAUCAGCAGGAAGCAAACCAAGUAUACAAGUUCCCAGCCAUGUAUGUAUGUGAGUUUGAGAAGAGAUAAAACCCACUUCCCUCUCUUAGAAGCGCAUAAGCCCCUGGAUGGAUCCAGAAGAGAAGAGCCUUUUUGAAGCUAGGUAGCUGAGGAAGGGUUGUUCUUAGUAGUUUUAGUACUUUUUUGUAAUGAGAAUCUGAGGUUGUAAAUAGAAUGGGGUUGAGGACUGAUGCUGUGUCCUUCCCCUUCUUCUCUGUGUUUUUUUAGUCGGAGAGAGAUUAGGAAGUGAUGAGUGAGAGCAAAUGAAGUACCUCCCAGAAAGAGAACCAAUGCAAGUUCAGUCCUUUGUCAAUUUCAGUAUGUAAAACCAUGUUUUGUUAAAGCAUAAUGUGUUCGGCAA